UCCUUUGGGCUGGUCCAAGUCCCGGGCGGAGUCACUGAAGGGGCAGUGCGAUGUGAAGAGAAAAAAAAUUGAAAGGAAAGGAAAGAAAAUUAGCUCUGCUCACGCCAUUGCCGUCUGAGGCGGUACAGGAAACUUUUUUUGGUUUUAUUUUUGGGCUUUUUUUCACCAGCCGGACAGAUCGGGGUGUGCCAGCGUGCGGGACGGACGGGGGGUCUCGCGCUGACACUUGGGGUCGCGGGACGAUCUGCAUGUCGCCGGGGCCGCUGUCAAUUCCUCUGGCUAUUUAUUUAAUACAGUCAAGGCAAGCGCUGAACGGGAAGGGAAAGGGAAGAAGGCUCGCUGGAUAUAUUUUCUAAAGGCUUUUUUAUUAUAGUUUUUAUUUUACGACGCAAAGCCAUCAUGUUGGGGACCGGAGAGAAAUAUGCAAGCAAAAAGCGAAAGAAGCCCGUACAGAAAAGUCCCAAGCCCCCGCCGCGCGAAGGUGCCAAGUCCAACCCCUCCAAGCGGCACCGGGACCGGCUGAAUGGGGAGCUGGACAAGCUGACCAGCUUGCUGCCCUUCCCCGAGGAUGUGCGGGCCCGCCUGGACAAACUGUCCGUGCUGCGGCUCAGUGUCGGCUACCUGAAGGCCAAGAGCUUCUUCAGCGCGACCAUGAAGAAUGGCAGCAUUAGCUGGCCAGUAGACAAGCCCUCAUCUUCCGGAUCUAACGGAAUGAAUGUUCCCGCCACCAGCGCAAUCAGUUUCUCGGAAGGGGACUUCCUGCUCCAGGCACUGAAUGGCUUCGUCCUGGUGGUCACCUCAGAGGGAUCUGUCUUCUACGCCUCCCCCACCAUCCAUGACUAUCUGGGUUUCCUGCAGUCGGACGUGAUCCACCAGAGUGUAUUCGAAUUGAUCCACACGGACGACCGGGCCAUGUUUAAAAGUCAGCUGCACUUCGCCCUUAAUCCCACUCAUUUUGGUGAAGAAGGCGAUGGGGAAGGCACACAUAGUGGUGGCGCAGUGACCACCGGCAGUGUCAUCACCUACGACCCUCACCGCAUCCCCCCGGAGAACUCCUCCUUCCUGGAGAGAAGUUUUGUGUGCCGCUUCCGCUGUCUCUUGGACAACUCCUCCGGCUUCCUGGCCCUGAACUUCCAGGGUCGUCUGAAAUACCUACAUGGGCAGAACAAGGUGGCCGAGGAUGGGACCAAAGCUCACCCCCAGCUAGCUCUGUUCACCAUUGCCACCCCACUGCAACCGCCCUCCAUCAUGGACAUCCGGAUCAAGACACUGAUCUUCCAGACCAAGCACAAGCUGGACUUUACACCCAUAGGGAUUGACACCAGGGGGAAGGUGGUUCUGGGAUAUAACGAGAUUGAGCUGACAAUGAGGGGAUCUGGCUACCAGUUUAUACACGCAGCAGACAUGAUGCACUGUGCAGACAACCAUAUCAGAAUGAUAAAAACCGGCGAGAGCGGCCUCACGGUCUUCCGGCUGCUGACUAAGACAGAGGGCUGGGUCUGGGUUCAGGCAAAUGCACGGCUUGUGUUCAAAAGUGGUCGGCCUGAUUUCAUUGUGGCAAGUCAGAGAGCCUUGACAAACAAAGAGGGAGAGGAACACUUCAGACAGAGGAAGAUGCAGCUUCCCUUCAACCUUGCUACGGGCGAGGCGGUCCUGUACGAGACCGGGCCAACAUUAGACAUACCAGAUAUUAACGCUGAGACUACGAAGAUCCAGAAUAUGUCUGAUGCACAAGGCGUGGAUCCCAGCUCACUUCUGGGGUUGAUGCUAAAACAGGAUCAGUCAGCAUACCUCCCGCAGCCUGACCCUCAGAUAUCCAUGGACCAAAUCUUCAUGGAUAGCCAUGCCGUGCUCAAUGUCCCAAGCAACCACUGUCAUUUUGGCACCCCAACGCUGGACAGCAGAGUCAAGAAAGAAGUGCCAGCUAAAGCCAUGAAGGAGACUCUGGAACACAUCUUGGAAGACUAUGAUGCCCUCAGGGAUCUGGAAGUGGAUGCAGAAGAAUUGGAGGAAUGGGAGAGUGCUUUACUAAAAAUGAACAUCAGCAACAGUAAUGAGCCUGUGGAGCUUGACAGCAUUCUUACUGAUGACAUUCUCUCAUAUGUAGAGGAUGCCUUUUUCAUGGGCAAAGCAGACAGCCAGUAUAGCACUGAGCAAUCCCACUCCAAUGCUUUUGUUGAAACAUCACAGUGCCUGCAAGGGCUAGAGCUUCAGGAUACAGUGCUAUCCGACAAUGCACCUAUUAUCAGUCAGAAUGAUUUGAUGAGUGUGACUAGUCAGAACCUGGUAGGAACAGAAAGCUCAGGUCUCAGCUUGGAGGAUCUCCUGCUUUAUGGGCUGAACAAUCCCACGCAGCAGACACAACCAGAAAGAGUGUUCACUAAAGUUUGGGAUGCACCAAAAGUCACUUUCCAGAAUGGUUUUAGUGGCAAUGACUUUGAAUCUUGUGACCACAGGCAGAACUAUGGCCUUCCCAGUCCGGAGGCUGGUUUUACUCUCAUCAAGCAGAAUGGCCUGGAACCGUACUCUCAAGGACCUCUGCAGCCAGCUCGUAAUGUGUACCUAAAUGGCACAGUUCAGCCAUUUCACAACCAUAUGCAGCCCUCAAUGAUGGACCACCCAAUAGUGUUCCAGCAACAGAAUAGCACUGAUGUUUCCACUCCCAUGUCCUCCAAUCAGGAGAGGGAGUGGAGCCCUUCCAUCCCUAAAACUAACUUUACAGGCAGUCUGACAGAAGUCUACACUGAUAAUGUGAGUCCAUCAGCUGCCAUCUCCUUUCAAAGGCAUUUUCCACCUCAGACCCAGACCAGCCAAACUCAGAGACUGCAAGCUUGGCAGCAUCAAAAGCAACUUCCCCGAGCCAUGCAGAAUGGACACCAAAGUCUACCCAACUUCUAUGGCCAGAAUGCCACUUUCCAGGGGAGUGCUCACAGGGUCCUCUCAUCACCAAAUACACAAGCCUGUGCCACCAGCUGCAGGCUCACACCCAGCCUGUCCACCAUGUCUAGCACACCAUACUGUUCCCAGCUGGGGCAGGCAGACCUCACGCCCCAGGCAAACAAGAGCUGCAUGUUUGAAGGCAUCUCACUGCCACCCAUCAAUGGAACACACUUCAAUCACACAGGACUCUUAUCAUCACAGAAGGUGGCACUUCAGCAUGGCCAGACUAUAGUACCAACCUCGUGCCUCUUCCAGAGCAGCAAGGAUGGACCCAGGGUUGAUGCAGUCAGGGUGGUGCAGGAUGAUGCCAUCAUCACUGGCCUGCCGUGCAAGAUGACCACUGGCUUCACCCCGGAGGGCCUCCAGGCCCAGCAGCAGUACCUCAACCAGACAGAGGUACCAGGCAGUUUGACAGGAGAAAAUGCAACUUUUGCCUUCCCUGCUAUUACAAAUGGGACUCAUCUUUUAUCCGAGAGAAAUCCAACCAAUUGCUGUGACUUCUAACGGGGGGUGUCCGUGCCUGAGAGAAACAAACAUGUCCUGGGUGCCUUUCAUGGACAUCCAUCUCCUUAUUUUUAACAGUCUACGGUUCACACCUCGGCGUGAUCGCCUGCACCACCUGGCACACCAUACCUUCCAACGGCAUCACGUUGGGACCUUUCAGCUCUGUUUUCUGUUAUUCCUGCUUGAUCCCCAGCUUUACAGCAGCCCUUACUGAGACUCUGUGGACAUGUCAGUAAGGGGGACGGGUGCAAUCUCUCAGAUUUUACAAAUAGAAUCUACCGAGGGAAUGAGACCACACUGAGUUUCUGAAUACACACUUAAAUUCUCUCUACACACAGCCGGAAUGUGAAAGGAAUCCAACUGUCUUGGUCUUAUCUAACAGUCAAAAGCUGUGACGCAUCAUAGUAUUUGUACUAUAUUUUACACAACAUUUAAAAAAAGAAAAAAAAAUCUUUCAUUUACACAAAAAUAUGUAGUGGCUGUUAUCUGUUAUGAUCCUCCUAUCCAAUUUUUCUUCUCUUUGUUGAAAUAAGAUUAAAUUUAUUCAGAAUGUUACGAUGAAAUAUUUAUGCAGUUUUGUUUUGUCGUGUUGUUGCCAUUGAGCCAUUUAAAGAAUUCCUUUAUGUCUGGUUUUGUCCUCCACGGAUGCUGCUUUCGUCUCUGCGUGUGCUUCUGUUGGUAAGAGAACCUGAGGAGAUGGAUGAUGUUGGAAACAAGUGCACAGAACAUGUAUGUAGAAGAUGUAUAGAUAUGUAACUUGGCAAGCAGUCAAUAGAAUAAGAUACUGAACAGACAAUGAAGCAAUAUGCAAAAUAUCGUGGCUCUUAAUCAUUGUAGGCUUGUUCCCCUCCGCUUCACACUAGCCCUUACUACAAGCUGAACACUGUUUACACUCAUGGCAGAGUCUGCUGGGAACUAACAUGUUUUUUUGGCAGUCACCCUUCAAUGCAGGAAUUCAUCAUUCAGCACAGAGCCUGAUUACUCCGCGCACUUAUAGUUUAAGUAAUUUCCACAUGCAGUCGUACAACAAAUGGCCACCGGAUCGGGACGCGCAAUGCCGCGGUCUUUUCGAGAAAAGCGCAGGCAAUUAUGCAGUCCCUUACCACCACAAUGUGUAUUUUGUAAAUACGUAUACUAAAAGUGAAUAUGUUGUGUGCAUUUAUUUUAUUCGAUGUGAGUUUACGCUGAAACAUGACUGACCAGUUUGUUCGAGUCGGGAAUCCCUGAAUCCAUAUGCAGAUUUGAUGCCGUCGCUGCGAUUAAAGGGCCUAUUCUGCCAUAUGCCAUAUUCUGUGUUUAUUAUUAAAUAGGUUAUAGAGAUAAAUGAGACAUAGACUUUAACGCAUUUUUGUAGUUUUCACCGUAAGUAGUUCGGCUGCUGAUUAAACGGGACUCUCCAGGUAGAUUACAUGUAAACGCACGUGCUCUUGGUUACUUUUCUCUCUCUAAAGCAGAGAAAUAUUUUUUUUCUUCUUCUGUAGUUUUAUUUUAUUUGCAUGCUGUUCUUGUUAUUAUUUUUGUUGUGAAGGGACGCCCACCGUGCCUUGCAGUGAAGACAAGGAAGUAAUAUGGCAGCUAUCUGAUUUUUUUGUGAUUGCAAUGAGUCUGUCACACUGUGUCGCAGGAAUGGCACAAGCUUACCGCAGUAAACGUAAAAAUAUAUAUACGUUAAAAGAUAAUGCAGGAACAUUUACGCACAUUUAUGUGGAGACAUUGCAGACAAACAACAUGUACAGUACAGUCGUGAUUAACUAAAAGGCUUAAAGUUAACAUAUAUACCUUAUAUUACAUGUCCUGUUUAUUUUUCUGGUUCGCUUAAUCUUUUAAACAUGUUAUAUCGAUUUUCAAACCUACGCAUGGACAUUCAAAACUUUAUAUACCCUAUUUCUCUUUAAUUAGCUGGAAAGUUUCGUUUGUUGAAAAUUUCGUUUGCUGAAUCACAUAUUUUAUUUUGUUUUGGAAACAUCCACACACCUCAUUUUCGGUUUCAUCUCAUUCUCCUCUGGUUUUAAACUAUACUGAUAAACGUUGGCGUGAAGUCUGCAGAAAUUUCGUGCGGCCACCGCAGCGCGUGUGCAUCACCGUGGGGGGACGCGCGCGUGCCGUUACUUGUCCUUGGCCGCCGUGCACCUGCACGUCUCUCUUCACUUACAUCACACUGUCCUGCUAGUUUGAUUAGCGAUCACAGUAUGUGGCCAUGCCUUUGGUCAAUAAACAGUAUAAGUAUAUUAUGUACAGUGUCUUGUUUGUAUCGUUUUAGUAUCGUGGUUUUGUAAAAGCCCUGCUUUAUACUAUGUUGUGCAUUUUCUACACCACUGCUUGAAAUGUAGGUUAUCAGUGACAAAAUGUAUUCUUCAUAUAUUUUGGAUAAUUCGGUAUGUAUUGCAAGUUGUAUUCUGUUUUGUGCAAUGUGUUAAACAUUACCCUAUGCCUCUUUGGUAGUUUCUGUAUUAUUAUUAUUAUUAUUAUUAUUAUUAUUAUACUUUUCUGUAUUAUCAAGAUGUUUUUGUCUUUACGCACGUUUGACCAGUAAUUGUGCCUUGCUGAUUUCCCAAAGAAUGCACAAAUGAUGGAAUGGCAGAAUUCUAAUAAAAUACCCUUAAACAUUUA